UGUGUUGACAUGGAAUGCAGAUGCUUCUGAGGUGUCUGAAGAGGCAUCACUGCUCUGAAUCUUGGGGAACAGUGUUGUUCCAAGAUGGAUUGAAAUGCUCCUCCUUGUCAUCUUCUGUUUAACUUCUCUGAUGAGCAGCGCCACUGCUGCCGGUGGCCGUGCAGGAUAUUCACACGUGGAGUGUGGCCUCCGACCGUCCUUUGAGUCCUUCCUGGAGACUGGCAAGAGAAUCGGGACAGGGAGAUCUGUGCAGCUGGGAGAGUUCCCGUGGCACGUGAGCAUCCAGAGCCACAGGAAGCACAUCUGUGGAGGCACCAUCAUCAGUGCACUGUGGAUUUUAACUGCUGCCCAUUGCUUUGCCAAAGAGCUGCCGCCAGAUCUCACGGUUGUAGUGGGGGGAAUCAACCUCAGUGUCCCGCUGGAAGAACACAAACCGGACAGCUUGAUCCUCCAUGAGAACUUCAACAGCACAAGCAUGGCAAAUGACAUAGCCCUCAUCCUGCUCAGCUCUCCCAUCGAGUUCAGCAAGGAGAAAAUUCCCAUCUGCCUGCCCUUCAUGUGUGACAUCCAUACCUGGCAGCACUGCUGGGCUGCUGGCUGGGAGAACACAAGUGCAGAUGCUGUGCCAGCAUCCCACGUGCCAGCAUCCCACGUGCUGCAGAAAGCGCAGGUGAAGCUUAUCAGCAGGGAGCAGUGCCUGGAGCAGAUCCCACAGCUCCGGGAGAACGUGAUGUGUGCUGAGGUGGAGGAAGGAGAAGGAGGCAACUGCCAGGUGGACAGCGGGGGACCUCUGGUUUGCAGCUACUGGAACACCAUGAAGUGGUUCCAGGUCGGAAUCAUCAGCGAGCAAAAGCCAAACCACAAGAUUUUAACGUCUGUUUACAGCUACCUUGGCUGGAUUGAGAAUGAAACAGCCAUAAGGGGUAAACCUUUCUUCAUUGAAGGUGUGGACAACGGGGCACAUCUCAGGGUCAUUCGUUCCAGAGCUGGGGCACAGCUGGUGUUUCUUGAGCACUGUUUCCUUUUAUUUAUCUCUUUAGUAACAAUUAGUUUUCUUGAGAGAAGAUUUUUGAACACAUAAUAAAAGUCAGAACUUCCA